AAGACCAAAGUGUUCUUUGAUUUGUCAGCUCCAUUACAAGGUUCUUUUCUCAUUCUUUUCUCGCUUCUCCCACUUAGUCGCAUUUAUUAACCUAGUGCUUUACGCCCUCAAGUUCACCUAUAAAAAAGAUUCAUCCUUGUUCUCUCUUUCGAACUUCUCUCCUUCAUUAAAAGGAAACUUCUUCCCCAAAAAAAAUAAAGAUAAUGGCUACUACUUUCUCAUUCUCAUCAUCUGCAUACCUUGUGAGAUGUUCCUCCAUGAGAGAAAAUCAUGACCAGCGUAAGCAGCAGCUAAACGGCAGCAUCAGGAUUAAUGGGACUUCUAGGUCUCCAAUUAAGGUUGAUUCAAUCAGCCAAGCAGCUGAGGCAGUUAUUUCUGUUUCAAAAAAUGGCCUACGCCAGAACAUUCCAACAAAGAAGCAGCUUGUUGAUCCUAACCGUCAAGGGCUCAUGGUUGAAGGUGGAGUUGGCUAUAGACAGACAUUGGUCAUUAGGUCCUACGAGGUUGGCCCCGACAAAACUGCAACACUCGACAGCAUCCUCAAUCUUCUUCAGGAGACAGCAUUAAACCAUGUAUGGAUGUCUGGACUGCUCAGUGAUGGAUUUGGGGCAACCCAUGGAAUGAUGAGGAACAAUCUCAUCUGGGUCGUCUCAAGAAUGCAACUUCUGGUUGAUUACUACCCUAUCUGGGGGGAGGUGGUUGAAAUUGACACAUGGGUUGGAGCAUCAGGUAAGAAUGGGAUGCGGCGGGACUGGCUGAUAAGAAGUCAAGCCACAGGUGGUAUUUUCGCUCGAGCAACAAGCACAUGGGUGACGAUGAACCGAACAACAAGGCGCCUCUCAAAGAUCCCAGAUGAGGUGAGGGAUGAACUUUCACCUUGGUUCAUAGAGAAGCAAGCAAUAACGGAAGACACCCAUGAAAAAAUUGUGAAGCUGAACAAAGAGGCAAAAUAUAUGAUAUCAGAUCUGAAGCCAAAGAGGAGUGAUUUGGACAUGAACCAGCAUGUCAACAACGUGAAGUAUGUAAAAUGGAUGCUAGAGACUAUCCCAGACCGAAUCCUAGAGAGCCACCAAUUAUCUGGAAUCACACUUGAGUACAGAAGGGAAUGUGGUAGCUCAGAUAUAGUUCAAUCACUGUGUGAUCCCGAAGAAGACGAAAUACUGAAUGAUGUGGAGAAACGAGAUUACAGUUCAAAUCUGUUCAACUUGGCGUCAGAGAUUAUCAAGGGAGGCGGAUUAUUGGGAUGCCUGGAGCAGAGACCCCUUAAGUUUACGCAUCUUCUACAAGCCAAAGGAGAGAAGCAAGACCAAGAGAUUGUGAGAGGAAGAACAGUAUGGAAAAGGAAGCUCCCUUCAAUGCCAUUUUCCCCUCAGUAAUAUCAUCUACAAAGAAAUUGCCUUUGAGAAGCGACAAAGGCGUAUACUAUUGCGUGAAUCUACCAAGAAAUUCUUGGCGAAAAUGCCAUUCAUGGGGUUUGGAAUUACUUGGAAGAAAGAAGGCGCCAUUUUAACUCGAAGUGGAAAUAUUGUAUGAUAUUAUUGUCCUUGUAAUGAACCGUUUUAUUAUAAAUAUAACACUAGAUUACAGAAAAA